GUCAAGAGUAUCGGUGAUUACAUCUAUAAGAUGCACAUCAAUGCAGACUAUUUUGUUAACUUUGCCGACGCACAUGCAAAACAGAUACCCGACCCAACUCUGGUCUACCAUUUCGGGGAACUAUUCAAUAACACAGUUAUGAAACAAUUCGCGACUUAUUUGUAUGCAUUGGACGGCAAAGAGAAGUAUUUAUUAGGUGAUGGAGGAAAUGGACAUUUGCAUCAAUUUUAUAUGGAAAUGAUUGCAUAUCCGUCUCUUAAGACUUUAGUGCCUAAAGCUCCUCAACCUCUGGAGUCGUGGUUUCCUGACCUCCAAGUGAUUACAUUGCGAUCAGAAGAGGGUUCAGCUAAAGGAUUAUUCUUAGGGGCAAAGGCGGGCACUAAUGAUGAGAGCCAUAACCACAACGACGUCGGCAACUUUGUGCUCUAUGUCAACGGAUUACCCGCUCUAAUAGACAUAGGAGUGGGAACUUAUACUAAGGACACCUUCGGUCCCCAUCGCUAUGACAUAUGGACGAUGCAAUCCCAAUGGCAUAACACCCCAACC